CCGGGUGGCCCAGCUGGAGGCCCUGGGGCGCUUCCUGGAGGAGAAGAAGCAGGACAUCCUGGAGGCCACGGCCCUGGACAUGGGCAAGUGGGAUCGCUCAGACCCAAAGGACUUGCAUCUAUGGGUGUAUCAGACCCGGCUUUCGACAUCCUGACAUCUCCCAGGCUUUGUAAUUGCCUUGUUUGUGUGAGUUGGACCUUCAUAGUUAGAUGGACAAUUCAUCUGCUCUUACAUAUCUGAGGUGGGUGCCUCACCUCCAGCCAUGCCACUUGCUCCCCAUUGAUCUUGGAAGGCUCUUGGAUGACCUCAGCUUUAAUGUCCCAUCUUAUAACCUUGGUGGCUUCUUGAAAGCCUUAAUCUGCGGCAGCAGUUUCCUCAUCCUUCCAGUGAUGCAACUGUCAGCCAAGAGCGUCCCCGUUGCUUCACCGACCAUCUCAUGGGCUUGCUGAGCCCUCACGUGCACCUCAGCCUCCUGGCAGUGACACAUCCGGUGGCAUUGGGCACCUGAAGGUCUCCUGAGUGCGGUUUGGUGGUGGAACAUCAGAAGUUGCUGCCUCCAAACCCCCCAACACCAAAGGGCUGUGGUGGUGGAGGAAGGCUCCCACCCUUUGGUUGGGUUGGAGGAGUCCAAAGGACGUUGGGAUGUGCUUUGCAAACAUGGGUUUGAAGCGCAGGAGCUUUGCUCUUCCUGCUCUCCAGGACUUGGAGGGGCUUUAUUGAGCCCCUUUACUUCACACUUCUCCUGCAAGGACAUCCCGAGCUGUGCUUCGUGGUUACAGCAGCAGAGAGGACCCACCAUGGGCAGGACGUGCCUUGGAAGCCGCCAUGAUCCCAGCCCUGAUGUCCCACCACCGCUCCCAAGUCCAUGUGGACGUUGUGUCCGUUGCCUGUUGGGAUGCUGGAUGUUGGGUUUGAUUCCCAAACUGAGGCAUCUCACCCCACCUGCCUUUCCCAGCCAUCCUUCGAGGCUUACCUCAUUGAGAUCCUCCUGUGCAAGAACGAGCUCAACAACACCCUCAACAACCUGUGCCACUGGAUGAAGGACGAGCACGUGGACAAGAACCUGAUGACACAGCUGGACUCUGCCUUCAUCCGCAAGGACCCCUAUGGGGUGGUGCUCAUCAUUGGGCCCUGGAACUACCCCAUCCACCUCCUCCUGGGGCCUCUCAUUGGGGCCAUCGCUGCUGGUAACUGUGUUGUCAUCAAACCCUCCGAGAAGGCCAAGAACACUGGGAGGCUCCUUGCUGAAUCGCUGGGCUGCUACCUGGACAGUGACUGCUUUGCCGUGGUGACUGCUGGUGUGCAGGAGACCACCAGGCUGCUGGAGAACAAGUUUGACUACAUCUUCUUCACUGGCAGCCCGUCCGUGGGGAGGAUGGUGAUGGCAGCCGCUGCCAAGCACCUCACCCCGGUGACGCUGGAGCUGGGGGGCAAGAACCCCUGUUACGUGUCGGACACGUGCGACGUGCGCAGCGUGGCCCGGCGGCUGGCCUGGGGCCGCUUCUUCAACGCGGGGCAGACCUGCGUGGCGCCCGACUACGUGCUCUGCACCCUGGAGAUGCAGGAGAAGCUGAUGCCCGCCCUGCGUGAGGCCAUCACCGAGUUCUACGGCUCCAACCCUCGGGAAUCGCCGGACUUUGGCCGCAUCGUGGGGCAGAAGGAAUUCCAGCGCAUCCGGGCGCUGCUGUGCAGCGGGAGAGUGGCCAUCGGGGGGCAGACGGAUGAGAAGGACCUUUACAUCGCUCCCACGGUGCUGGCGGACGUGCUGCCCUCUGAUCCCAUCAUGCAGGAGGAGAUCUUCGGGCCCAUCCUGCCCAUCGUCGUCGUGGCCAGCAUGGAUGAAGCCAUUGACUUCAUCAACGAGAGGCCUCAGCCGUUGGCCAUCUACACCUUCUCCAGUGACAGCAAAGUGGUGGCCCAGGUCCUGGAGCGCACGAGCAGCGGCAGCUUCUGUGGCAACGACACCCUGACACACAUGAUCCUGACCUCGCUGCCCUUCGGGGGCAUCGGGUGCAGUGGCCUGGGGAGGUACCACGGCAAGUUCACCUUCGACACCUUCACCCACCAGCGUGGGUGCCUGCACCGCAACAUGGGCCUGGAGGCCCUCAACACCCUGCGCUACCCACCCUACAGCCAGCAGAAGCUGGGCUUCCUCACGGCCACCUUCGAGAUCAAGCGCAAGGGCGCCUGCACCCUGCUCUGAUGCUGCUCUGCACCCUCAUGGACUCGGGAUGGGGACACAUGGUGGCCUCCUCUCCUCUCUUUCCAUCUCCUUGGUCUUGGACAGCGUGAUGGACACCUCGUCCUGCAGCCAUCGUGACUCCACAGUGGACUCUGCUCUGAGCCCUCUGCUUGGACACGUAUGGAAUGGCCACAAGUUCUUCUUUUCACCCCAAAGUUGUCUUCUCAGCAAAGAAAUGGUCCCCACGAGGCUGAGGAGCAGCAGUUCAACCCAUUACCUCCUAGGUGGACCUUUCCUUCUGGAUGAACCUCGCUCUGCCUUCUCUCAGUGCUGCCUGUUGCUUUUCUCCUCUGUGUAACCUUGCCUGUAGUAAAGACUUUGCAUUGA